AUGGAUCUAAACCACAAAGUUUCAUUUCAGUGCCCUGCUGAGUCAUUGCGCCUCCCAGAAAACUACAAGCAAAAUAGUGAUGAAAACGAUGUUGUAGAUUGUGAAAACUUCUGGGCGAAUGUUGAAUUAUCAAUGAUUGUUCACGGGUUCCCUGGUGCCAACAUGCGGGAAUUCGUUGUACAACCAAACUUGCUCAACUGGGGCACCCUUCAUUGGCAGCAUCACAAGAAGAGGUAAAGAUCUUUACAACACUGAGCAUUGGAAAGUCAAGAUAGAAAAUGCAAAAAUCGAAGAAGAUUGUCGGGAGAUAACUGAAGAACGACUGCUUGAGUUACUUCACCAGUCCAUGCUUAAAGACACACAGUCCCUCGCCAAGAAACUCGGGUUGGCUGGAAAGGUUAGUAAGCUGGACAUAAUAAUGAACAUUAAAAACGCAGUUCAGAAUGACGAAGAGAAAUUCACGAAAGCGUUCAAUAAACUGUGGGGAUGUUUUGGUGGGUGGACAUCACGCAUGAAACAGGAAACCAACAACCUACUGGUCAUCCUAUCACAGGUUCAAACGACCACUUCUGCUUGUUCGACAGGUUUCACGAAAGCAACCCUCAAAAAGAACGGAAAAUAUUGCAGAGAGUAA